AUGGGUGACCUUUUCGACGAGGUUAUGGGUGUCUUAAACGAUGUGGAUGGCACUUCUGGCCCACAAAAUUGGAUACCGGACAGCGAACGAUUAUUGCCAGAGUUCCAUAGGGGCUCCAGUUUGAAAUCCACGUUAAGUGCACCACCUCUAGAGAGAAGCCAAAAACAAGAAUUGCAAGAAUUGGAUGAUUUCGAUCGCCAAGUUAUGAACGAGCCUAAUUUUAGAAGCCGUGAUGGCUGGGAUUUUGGGAAUCUUGAUAGAGACUUAGUAUCGUUGUUCUCCCCCCCUCCUCCUCGGGGCUCGGCUGUAUACUCUAGUCCGAGAUUACCUAUAAUGCCAUUAGAGGAAUAUCAAUCUCGAGUUUAUACGGUUCAAGGAGAGAAUGCGGAUUCACACCAGCGAAUAUCACAGCCCUCAGCGCCGGUGUCAAGAAGAAAACUAGACCUGUCGAAAUUCGAGUUUAACCCGCGCACACCAAAACGCACCAACAGGCUCACCAGCUCGUCACCUUUGGCAUCAAGUCCCAUUCCAUACAAUCCCAAACAUCCUUACAAACCUCUGGCUGAAAGGCAAAAGGGAGGUAGAGUCGAAAAGAAUUAUCCUGAAUGGACAAUAACCCAGAAGAGUCAACAAAGAGCGACUAUAGCCCCAGAAAAUACAAUCGAGCAUAAAACACCAAUUGUUCAAGGGAUACCCUUAGUUUCUGUGAACUCGAUCCCAGAUCGGUUCCGCGGAGUAUUUCCAUUCCCCCUAUUCAAUGCUGUCCAGUCUAGAUGUCUCCAUUCGGUCUAUAGCACGAAUGAUAAUAUAGUUAUUUCGUCUCCCACGGGUUCGGGAAAGACAGCAGUCAUGGAGUUAGCUAUUUGUGCGCUGGUGAACGAAUUAAACCAGGGAAGUUAUAAGAUUGUCUAUCAAGCUCCGACAAAAGCGCUUUGUGCUGAGAGGAAGAAAGAUUGGGAUGGAAAGUUUAGGACACUUGGAUUGACCUGUACAGAAUUGACAGGUGAUACACAACAAGCACAAUUGAGGAAUGUGAAAGAAGGGGACAUAAUUAUCACCACGCCUGAAAAAUGGGACAGUAUGACCAGAAGGUGGGAUGACCAUAAAAAGUUGUUAGAGCUAGUGAGACUGUUCCUGAUCGACGAGGUACAUAUUCUGAAAGAAUCACGGGGUGCCACUCUAGAGGUUGUCGUGUCAAGGAUGAAAUCUAUCGGCACAAAUGUAAGAUUUGUGGCACUAAGUGCUACAGUACCAAACUCAGAAGACAUCGCAAUCUGGCUGGGGAAGAACUCUGCGUGUUCAAGUUCUCCUGCCUGCGAAAUGCGGUUUGGAGAGGAGUUUCGUCCUGUCCAGCUACAAAGGUUCGUAUAUGGGUACCAGUCGACUGGGAAUGACUUUAUGUUUGAUAAAACCUUAGACAAGAUGUGA